UCGGCGUGGGGGCGACUGGUGCGGGCCGGGGCGUGCGGUCAGGGGGCUGAGCGUUUCGCGGCCGCGCGAGUCGUCUCUCGCCAGUGACUUCUGAUGUCCCAGCAAAUGGUGUUGUCCCCAGCGGUGCUGAAAAGAUACUCCCAAGGGCCCAGCAGUGAUAGCCACAACUAAUGCAGACUUGGUAGCACUCUGCUGGGAAGACCUUGAACAGGAGUGAUGCCUCCAGGCAGGUGGUACGCUGUCCAUCCAGCUCAGGCCAAGGCUUCCAGGGAGCGAGGACGCCUUCAGAUGAUAAAGAAGGAAGAAGAGGAUGAAAGCUACACUUCAGUGCCGGCUGCCAGACCACAGACACUCAACCGACCUGGCCAGGAGCUGUUCCGCCAGCUCUUCAGGCAGCUUCGCUACCACGAGUCUUCUGGGCCUCUGGAGACCCUGAGCCGGCUCCGGGAGCUAUGCCGCUGGUGGCUGAGGCCAGAUGUUCUCUCAAAGGCCCAGAUCCUCGAGCUGCUGGUGCUGGAGCAGUUCCUGAGCAUCCUGCCAGAGGAGCUCCGGACCUGGGUACAGCUGCAUCACCCUGAGAGUGGUGGGGAGGCUGUGGCCUUGCUGGAAGAGCUUCAGAGGGACUUUGAUGAGACACCAUGGAGGGACCCAGCCCCUGCCCAGAGCCCAGAUGUGCAUUGGAUGGGCACAGGAGCCCUGCGAGCCGCACAGAUAUGGCCCCCUGCUUCACCUCUCAGGAGCGGCUCGGCUCUGGGGGACCACCUGCAGCCUCCCUAUGAAAUAGGAGUGCGUGACUUCCUGGCUGGGCAACCCGAUCCUCCUGCUGCAGAGGUGCCUGCCCUUUGCUCGAAGGAGGGAUGCCCAGGCAACCAGGUGACAGCCCAGCCUCAGGGGACUAUGACUUUCAAGGAUGUGGAGGUGACCUUCUCCCAGGAUGAGUGGGGGUUGCUGGAUGCUUCUCAGAGGAACCUGUACAGGGAUGUGAUGCUAGAGAAUUAUGGAAACAUGGCUUCUGUGGUGGGGCCAUUCACCAAGCCUGCCCUCAUCUCCUGGUUGGAGGCAAGGGAACCCUGGGGCCUGAAUGUCCAGGGAGUUCAGCUUAAGGGGAAUCCAGGUACUGCCCCUGCAGGAGAAGAGCUCCAUGUGAAAACAGACAAGUUCAUCUUAAAACCUGAACCUUUGGAAGAAGCAGUAACCUUAGCCACGCCAUCAGAAUGUCAUGGUGCAGCAACUGUUUCUGAGGGACCAGGGCUCAGAGAAUCCGUUGCACAGAAGAGCAGGUUAAAGGAAAGAUGUGGAAACCCCACGCAAGUGAGAGUUAAGAAAGAAGAGACCAAUUCCAGCCAUGGGGCAGGGAAAGACUGUGAAGAUUCAGGAAGAAAUAAUAGUCUUCAUCUAAGACAUAUUACGUAUUUGAGAGGACCCAGAAGAAAGCAGUCCCUUAAACACGGCUAUGGCAAACACUUCAGGGGAAGUUCCUACCACUAUGACUAUAAGGAGUAUGGGAAAGGGCUCAGACGCAUGAUGGGUGGGUUCAGCCUACAUCAGAGAAUUCAUGCUGGACUGAAAGGCAAGGCCAAGGAUGCGCAUGGGAAGGACUUCAGCCUUAGUUCCCAUCACCAGCAUGGGCAGAAUCUUCACGUGGUUGGGACACUGUAUAAGUGCAGCGACUGCGGGAGAACCUUCAGUUGUAGCUCCCACCUUGUAUGUCAUCAGAGACUCCACACUCAAGAGAAGCCGUUUAAAUGCAGGGCAUGUGGGAAAGCCUUCAGGUGGAGCUCGAACCGGGUGCGACAUGAGAAAAUUCACACCAGACUGAAACCGUAUAAGUGCAGUUUAUGUGACAAAGCCUUCCGUCGCAUGUCUGUCUACCGCCUGCACCAGGAAGCCCAUGCUAAGCAGAAAUACCUUGAAUCUACUCAGGAUGAAGAAGCUCUGACCUGUGACUCAGAUUUUGAUCAUCAUUUGAGAGACCAAAGUGGGGAGAGACUCUUUGACUGCAGCCAGUGUAGGAAAUCCUUCCACUGUAAAUCAUACAUUCUUGAACAUCAAAGGAUUCACACCCAGGAGAAACCCUACAAAUGUCCCAAAUGCAGGAAAACAUUUAGGUGGAGGUCCAACUUCACUCGUCACAUGAGACUGCACCAGGAAGAGAAGUUCUAUGACCUGGACAAAUGUAGAGAAGGGUUGAGGCAGACCUCCAACUCCAGCCAGCCGCAGAGCGCCCCCACCAUGGAAAAAGCUCUUGUGUGUCAGCAGUGUGGGAAGACGUUCAUUCGAAAGAAGACUCUCAUCAAUCAUCAGAGAAUUCACACAGCCGAGAAACCAUACCGAUGCCACGAAUGUGCAGAAGAGUUUCCUCACAGGUCGGCCUACAUUGUUCAUAAGAGGCAGCAUGCCACCGAAAGAAAACCUGAGGAUGCACCCUCGUUUAGUCAUGCCAGAGCAUUCCAAGUUCCUCAGACCAGUCCCACCACAGAGGAGCCCUACAAAUGCAGCCAGUGUGGCAAAGUCUUCCGCAGUCAUUCGUUCCUCCUCAUCCAUCAGAGAGUUCACACCAGAGAGAAGCCUUAUAAGUGCAAAGAGUGUGGGAAAUCUUUCAGAUGGAGUUCUAACCUCUCCCGACAUCAGAGGACUCACUCUUUGGGAAAACUGGAUGAGUACUCCGAAAGCGAAGAUGCUCUAAAUCUUCAGUCACAAGUCCUCACCAGUGCAAAACCUUUUCAGUGCCAAGAAUGUGGGAAAAACUUUACACGUAAAAGAAGUCUUUUAGAUCAUGAAGGAAUACACAGUGGAGAGAAGCGCUAUAAAUGUAACCUGUGUGGGAAAUCUUAUGACAGAAAUUAUCGCCUUGUUAAUCAUCAGAGAAUCCACACUAAAGAGAGACCGUUUAAAUGUCAGUGCUGUGGGAAAGAUUUCAUUGGAAAACAUACCCUCUCCAUUCAUCAGAGAAAACACAUCAGAGCAGCUGAGUCUGAAAGUGGUGUGGCUGGGCUGACAUCCCACCGGGAGACAGGGGUAAAGUUACAUGAAUUAAAAUCAGGUGAGGAGAAUCCUCUUGAAGAUGAUGAGAAAACUUGUGAUCAGACAUCUGAACUCCCUGGACUCCAGGACAUACCCACUCGGGGAAAGUGCCACAAAUGUAGCACAUGUGGGAAAACUUUUAGCAAGAGCUCACAGCUCACCAGCCACAAGAGAUUCCAUACACGGGAGAGGCCCUUCAAAUGCAGAGAGUGUGGGAAGACCUUUAGGUGGUCUUCAAACUUGGCUCGGCAUAUGAAAAACCAUACUAGAGAUUAACUUGUGGUCCAACAGUUGGGGCGAGGGAGUCCUGGUUACCCUACUGGAGAACCCCUGAUGGUAGGGGAUGUGGGGCAGGCCUUCACAGAGGGCUCAAUCCUUAUUUGGGAGUUUGUGGCAGAGAAUGCUGAGGAUUCAAAAAUGUAGGGCACCUCCAUCCUACUGCUGGAAAAUGAGAUGCUGGGGAAGAGCCUCAGUGCGUUCCAGGAAGAGGUUUGGGCCCCUCGGAGUGGGCUUCACUCUAUGGCCUGAAGUUUCCCCCCAGCCAGAUUUUCUUCUGUAACUCUGAAGGGAGAGACCAUUGCACUUCGUGGUGGUUCAAUAGAAUGUCCAUGGCAUGGUAGGCUGUGGCUGCUGGGAAGGGUCUAGUUGGAUCCUUAGUUUGCCUUUGAGUGUGACUUAUGAUGGUGUGUAGUCCAUUUGACCUAAAAAGCACCAGCAGCAGCAAGAACUAGUGUCUCCAGAUACCUCCAGGGGAGUUCCGGCUGUGCCUUCGAUCUUCACAGCUGACUUUGGGUAUUUGCUGUGGACAUAACAGUUGUCUCAGCUGCAAG